AUGGGUGGAUUAGGGAUGGAGGGACGCUUUUGGCACUUUGCUCUACGAAUGUACAAGAGCGGUAUUAUGGCGGCAGAGGAACUCUCGAACGAGGGGGAUGCUUUUAGCAAGAUUCACUCUUCUGCGAAGCAUUCUGCAGACAUCACGGCAGCGGAUGAGCUCUGGCAGAAGCUACCUUAUGAGACACAUAUCCGAUACGUUCUCAACCCUCCGCAUUAUCGAUUACAAACUAUACAUUGGGGGAAUGGACUUUGCAGGCUGUGCUUUGGUUAG